UGUGAAGAUACCUGUGCCAAAUGCCAAUGCCCAAUACCCUACUAUAAACAGUAAAGUAAACAUUGAUUAUUCAACGCUACAAAUAUUAUAAACUAUUUAUUACUCUUAGUUCUUACGUAUAUUCUCAUUUCUCAUCGUGUUGCGAUAUUAACGAUCACCGUAAACUGUUUGUAUUUUUGUAACUACUACCUACCAAAUUUAUUUGAAAGUUUGAAACUGCCAUUUCGUUCGUUAUUUGUUUUCCUGUUCAUACGACCUGAGAAUCGGUCGGGGUAAUAUUACUGACGUCUCGGCCAACAAAAAAUAGCUGCAUUUCGUGAAAAUCGUUAGUGAGCAUCGAAGGUUCUGAAAUGAAGAAAAAGGUGUUGUUGAUGGGCAAGAGCGGUUCCGGGAAAACAAGCAUGAGAUCAAUAAUUUUUGCCAACUACAUAGCCAAAGAUACUAGUCGAUUGGGUGCGACGAUUGACGUUGAACAUUCCCAUGUUAGAUUUCUUGGUAAUCUAGUGCUUAACUUGUGGGAUUGCGGAGGACAAGAAGCAUUUAUGGAAAACUAUUUUGUCAGUCAACGAGAGAACAUUUUUCGCAAUGUAGAAGUGCUUAUAUAUGUAUUUGAUGUAGAGAGUCGAGAUGAGGAACUGAAAAGAGAUUUAAGAUACUACGAGACUUGUCUUAGUGCAAUUUAUGAAAAUUCACCAUCUGCGAAGGUAUUUUGUCUAAUUCAUAAAAUGGAUUUGCUGCAAGAAGAUCAACGUGACAAGAUAUUUUCAGAUCGGGAAAAUGAGAUAAUUAACAUGUCCAAACCAGUCGACUGUUCUUGUUUCAAAACAUCAAUUUGGGAUGAAACAUUAUAUAGAGCUUGGUCUUCAAUUGUGUAUAAAUUGAUACCAAAUGUUAAAGAACUUGAACAAAGCUUGACAUUGUUUGCUGAUCUAAUGGAUGGCGAUGAAGUAUUAUUGUUUGAGCGUGCAACUUUCCUCGUCAUUUCACAUUGUCAACGAAAUCUACAACGUGAUAUUCAUCGUUUUGAAAAAGUCUCUAAUAUCAUAAAACAAUUUAAACUUAGUUGUAGCAAAGUAGCUGCUCAAUUCCAAAGCAUGGAAGUAAGAAAUUCUAAUUUUGCAGCUUUCAUAGAUUUAUUCACAACAAAUACAUAUAUCAUGGUUAUCAUGUCUGAUCCACAUAUUCCUUCAGCUGCCACUUUAUUGAACAUAAAAAAUGCUCGGAAACAUUUUGAAAAAUUAGAACGUUCAAGCCAAUCUCAACAAAACAACAAAUAAUUACAAUUGAAUAAGCAUAAAUAGAAGACAAAACAGUCUUUUGAUUUAUCAAGAAUAUCAAUUUAUGUAUGUUUAGUGUAGUGUAGUGUAACUAGUAUUUGUGUACUAUCGUACACAUUCAAUGAAAUUACUAUUUAUUAAGUUAUAAUAUCACAACUUAUUUGAAUCCUGAAUUUAUAUGAAUUUGUAUAUAUUCCCUCAUAGUUAUUAUUAAAUAAUAAUCAUAAAUUUAUUUUUAUUGAAACAAAUUUAAAAAAAACAGAAAAACAAAUAAAUUAUCAUAAUAUUUAGUUUCUAAUAUUGUGCCUCCCUUCUUCCUUCUCUAAUUAUAAGCACAAGUUUUACAAUACAGUACAAAAAUAUAAAUUUAUCUAUUUUUGUUCUGAUACAAUAUUUGAAAACCAUUUACAAACACUGAAUUCUAAAAUAUGUAUUACUUAUAUCACAAAUCUAUUUAUUAUUAUUAUUUUGAAAAAAUUAAACCUAAGUGUAUACAAAAUAAAUGUAAUGUAGAUUGUUCCAAAACUUAUUAAGUAGGUCAUUAGUUUAAAAAAUUUUUAUUCCAAUUUAAAUAUAUAAUAUGUAGGUACGGUGAGUUUUGAGAAAUGAGAAGUUAAAAUAUUUUUGUUCAUAAAAUGUCAAUACUCUGGGCAUUCUGGCCCACUAAAGAAGUAGACUUACUCUAACAUGUAGAUAUCUCAAAUGGUUAUGGGAUGCAUCAACUUGGGAGCGUCUUGCUCGGGACAUUGUUUAGUUCUCACAUUGAAAUGGCAUUCAAAUGAGUAUAUCUUGUUGAGGGGACGUGGCUGAUUUUUUAACAUACACUAUUUGUUUAUUAAAAAUAUAAUUUAUUGUUACUGUUUAAUACUGAUAUACUAUAAAUAUCAAAAAUAAGGUCUGGGGAGAAACUAUUCCUCCACCCCAUCACCCCUGUUUGACUGUGUUGGAGUAUAAUUAAUUAACUUAAAGCAAAGUCAUAUUUUAUACAAAAAUCAUUAUUUCUUUAUUAGGAUUUAAAUAUAAAAAGGUAUGCUAUACUCUAGGUGUAGGUUUAUUCAAAAUGAUUCAUCUGAUUUAAAAUGCUUUUUAGUUUUUUGGUUUAUAGUAAUGUACCAUACAUUAAACAAAAGAAUAAUACUUCAAAUGUAUUAUUUUAAUGAUACCAAUAAAUGUUCUAUUUGGCCAAGCGAACAACAUCUAGUCGGAACUCAAAUUCAUUCCAUUCAUAUGUUGUAGUCAUAGAUAAUACAUAAUAUGUAUUAUCUAUAGUUGUAGUUGACUCCACUAAUUUCUUAACUAAUCUGUGGUUGAUGAGAAUGGUGGUAUGUACAUCGUAUACAGUACAAGUAACAUCUUAUUCCCAAAGGAAGUACAUGGUCAUAAGUCGUAAAAUCGGGUGACCUAUGAAGCCAAGUGCAAUGCAUCAGAUGAUUCAUUUUGAAUACCCUCUUACUAUAAUUUUUUUUAUGAUUAUUUUGUUCAGCAUAUUAUGGAUAGGUAAACAGUAAAUACCAUACUUUACCAAUUCCUUGGUUACAAUAUUUACAUUACAAAAAAUAAAAAAGAUGGAAUAAAAUCUAGAUUUCAAAUAAAAAGUAUUGAGUUUACACAGACUCAAGUAAAUGUACUAUUCUUAGACCUUGUAGAAAAACAUCUGCCUAGUGUGACAGACAGAAAAUCAAAUCUUUUAAUUUCUUUAAUAUAUUUCAAAUAGGUUCCAUUGAGCCAAUAUGAUUAUAUUAUUGAUUAGAUUCUAGAUUGAAAUAGUAAAUAAUUUUGAAAUCUAAAUAGAUUGAUGUAGAAAACUAGUUAUUUGAAUACAUUUCAGACCCUGAAUAACCAAAUGUUACCAUUUCUAUUUUAUACCUACAUCAAUGUCCAAAUUGA